AGUGACAGGCUGCAGUGCAGUAUACUUGCCCGGUCUCCCGUAUAUGGAUGUGGAGCUAGUGUAGCUAUAUUCUAAUGCUAAGAGAAGAGGAGAAGCACAGUUGAGAGCUGCCAGUGGAGGAGGCUAUCAGAGUCUGAGCAGAGCCGGGUCCUCGACAGCUAUGGCUGAAGGUGGUGAAGGGGAAGAUGACAUUCAGUUCUUAAGAACUGACGAUGAAGUUGUGCUCCAGUGCAUUUCCAGUAUCCAGAAAGAGCAACGGAAGUUUUGUCUGUCGGCUGAGGGACUAGGUAAUCGAUUGUGCUUCUUGGAACCAACUUCCGAGGCCAAGUAUGUUCCUCCGGACCUGUGCGUGUGUAACUUUGUGCUGGAGCAGGCCCUGUCUGUGCGAGCCCUGCAGGAGAUGCUGGCCAACACCGCUGAGAAUGCAGGUGAAGGGCCCAAAGGCCUCGACAGAUGGGCAGCACAAGGAGGAGGGCAUAGGACACUUCUUUAUGGCCACGCCAUUCUCCUGAGACAUUCGUUCAGUUCAAUGUAUUUAACAUGUUUGACUACAUCAAGAUCCCAGACAGACAAACUUGCAUUUGAUGUGGGAUUGCAAGAGGAUUCAACAGGUGAAGCAUGCUGGUGGACCAUUCACCCUGCCUCCAAGCAGAGAUCGGAAGGAGAGAAGGUGCGCAUUGGUGAUGACCUCAUCCUGGUCAGCGUCUCCUCAGAGAGGUACCUGCAUCUCUCCAGUUCCAAUGGGAACGUACAGGUGGAUGCCUCUUUCAUGCAGUCACUCUGGAAUGUACACCUUACUUGCUCCGGCAGCAACGUUGCCGAAGGGUACUUGCUCGGUGGACAUGUGAUGCGUCUGUUUCAUGGUCACGAUGAGACUUUAACCAUCCCAUCAUCUAGCCAGAGCGAGGAGCAACGCAGGAUAGUGAACUAUGAAGCAGGAGAAGCCGGGGCCCGGGCUCGAUCUUUGUGGAGGCUGGAACCCCUUCGGAUCAGUUGGAGUGGAAGUCACAUUCGGUGGGGUCAGCCCUUCCGUCUUCGACACAUCACCACAGGGUACUACCUGGCCUUAACGGAGGAUCGAGGUCUGGCUCUCCAGGACAGGGAGCAGUCCGACACCAAAUCCACAUCUUUCUGCUUCAGAGCAUCAAAGGAAAAACUGGAAUCCAGCCCAAAGCGGGAUAUUGAAGGCAUGGGGAUGGCUGAAAUUAAAUACGGAGAUUCAAUUUGCUUUCUGAUGCACGUGGACAGCGGACUGUGGGUGUCCUACCAAGCUCCGGAUGCCAAAUCAGCACGUCUGGGACCCCUGAAAAGAAGGGCUAUACUUCAUCAAGAAGGACACAUGGAUGAUGGUGUGGCGUUACAGCGCUGCCAGCAUGAAGAAUUCCAAGCGGCGCGUAUCAUCCGCAACACGUCAAAGCUGUUCAGUCUCUUUAUCAGGGACCUGGACAGUCUGAGUGGAAAGAACCGAGCCUCCAUCACCCUGCCUAUUGAGGAGGUUAUGCAGACCCUGAACGACCUUAUCGACUACUUCCAGCCCCCAGAGGAGGAGGCGGCAUAUGAGGAGAAGCAGAACAAGCUGCGCUCGCUGAAGAACCGACAGAACCUCUUCAAGGAGGAGGGAAUGCUCACCUUAGUCUCGAACUGCAUCGAUCGACUCAACGUCUACAACAGCGCGGUGCACUUUGGGGAGUAUGCAGGCGAGGAAGCUGGGGCCGCAUGGAAGGACAUUCUCAACCUGCUUUAUGAGUUACUGGCUGCCCUGAUUCGUGGCAACAGAAACAACUGCACCCAGUUCUCGAAGAACCUGGACUGGCUGGUCAGCAAACUGAACCGACUGGAGUCCUCUUCAGGAAUUAUUGAAGUCCUUCACUGCAUCCUCAUUGAAAGCCCUGAAGCCCUGAACGUCAUCCAGAGAGGACACAUCAAGUCGGUAAUCUCCCUGCUGGAGAAACAUGGACGCAAUCACAAGGUUUUGGAUGUGCUGUGCUCCCUAUGCGUGUGCAAUGGGGUGGCUGUGAGAACCAAUCAGAACCUGAUCUGUGACAACCUGCUGUCUCGGAGGGACCUGCUUCUGCAGAGCCGCAUGGUGAACGAUGUCACAAGCAUGAGGCCAAACAUCUUCCUGGGAGUCAGCGAAGGUUCUGCCCAGUACAAGAAGUGGUAUUAUGAGCUGAUAAUUGACCAGGUGGAUCCCUUUGUGACCAACGAGCCCUCGCACCUGCGCGUCGGCUGGGCCAACACGAAAGGGUAUGCCCCCUACCCUGGAGGUGGAGAGGGCUGGGGCGGGAAUGGGGUCGGGGACGACCUCUACUCCUACGGCUUCGACGGGCUUCAGCUGUGGUCAGGCCGAGUGCCCCGAGGCGUGGCGUCGGUGAAUCAGCACCUGCUGACUUCAGAUGACGUGGUGAGCUGCUGCCUGGACCUGGGGGCCCCGAGCAUCUCGUUCCGUAUCAACGGGCAGCCAGUGCAGGGCAUGUUCGAGAACUUCAACGUCGACGGGCUCCUCUUCCCCGUCGUCAGCAUCUCAGCAGGAGUCAAAGUGCGUUUCUUGCUGGGAGGUCGCCACGGAGAUUUCAAGUUCCUGCCGCCUGUGGGCUAUGCCCCCUGCUACGAGGCCCUGCUGCCCAAGGAGAAGAUGAGGGUGGAGCCAGUGAAGGAGUACAAGCGGGACUACGACGGCGUUCGGGAUUUGCUGGGAACCACAGAGUUCCUGUCCCAAGCCUCCUUUGUCCCCGUGCCUGUCGAGACUGGCCAGAUUGUCUUGCCUCCCCAACUAGAAAAAGUCAGAGACAAAUUGGCAGAAAAUAUCCAUGAGCUGUGGGGUAUGAACAAGAUCGAACUCGGCUGGAACUAUGGAAAGGUUCGAGAUGACAACAAAAGGCAGCACCCCUGUCUCGUGGAUUUCUCGAAAUUGCCCGAAACAGAAAAAAAUUACAACCUCCAGAUGUCAUCAGAAAGUUUAAAGACCCUCUUGGCUCUGGGAUGCCAUGUUGUUCAGGUGAAGAUGAAUGCAGAAGAAGAUCUGAAAAAAACUAAACUUCCCAAGAACUACAUGAUGUCGAACGGUUAUAAACCUGCGCCGCUGGAACUUUCUGAAGUGAAGCUGAUCCCAGCUCAGGAAGUUCUGGUUGAUAAACUUGCUGAGAACGCGCACAAUGUCUGGGCAAAGGACAGAAUUAAGCAAGGAUGGACCUAUGGCAUUCAACAGGAUCUGAAGAACAAAAGGAAUCCUCGUUUGGUGCCGUAUGCAUUAUUAGAUGAGCGCACAAAGAAAUCGAACAGAGAUAGCCUGCGUGAGGCUGUCCGAACACUGAUUGGCUAUGGAUUCAACAUUGAACCUGCUGACCAGGAGAGUGCUGGUCAGAGUUUAGAGCGCUUGAGUAUUGAUAAAAUACGAUUCUUCCGGGUGGAGAAAACCUAUGCAGUGAAGACAGGGAAGUGGUACUUUGAGUUCGAGGCCGUCAGUGGAGGAGACAUGCGCGUGGGCUGGGCCAGGCCGGGCUGCAGGCCUGACGUUGACCUCGGGACGGAUGACCAGGCCUUCAUAUUCAACGGAUUCCAGGGUCAAAGCGUGCAUCAGGGAUCCAAGUUCUUUGGUCGCUCCUGGAAGGCGGGUGACGUAGUUGGCUGUAUGAUUGACAUGGAAGAUAAAUCCAUGAUCUUCACACUGAAUGGAGUGAUCCUCAUCACUAACACAGGCUCCGAACUUUGUUUCACUGACUUUGAAGUUGAAGAUGGUUUCAUUCCUGUGUGCAGCUUGGGUCUGUCUCAGAUCGGCCGCAUGAACCUGGGGAAGGAUGCAAGCACCUUUAAAUACUACACCAUGUGCGGCCUGCAGGAGGGCUUCGAGCCCUUCGGCGUCAACAUGAACCACGACGUCGCCAUGUGGUUCAGCAAGCGUCUGCCCACUUUCAUCAACGUGCCACAAAACCACGCCCACGUGGGGGUUACACGAAUCGAUGGGACCAUUGACAGUCCGCCCUGUCUCAAAGUGACUCACAAGACGUUUGGCACGCAGAACAGCAAUGCAGACAUAGUGUACUGUCGACUUAGCAUGCCUGUGGAGUUCCACUCCUCCUUCCGGAAUGGAACCCUUCAUGAUUCCGAGAGCAAGCUGCACGACGAAUCACAGAAACCAAAGCAGAGGUUUCCACUGAAAUCCCAAAAACAAGUUGAUGAAACUUCUUCUAGAGGGCCAGAAUAUGGAAAUAUCACUGCGUACUACUACUCUGUCCGAGUGUUCGGGGGACAGGACCCCUCCAGUGUGUGGGUGGGCUGGGUGACCCCUGAUUACCAUUACUGCAGCAGUACCUUUGACCUGAACCGGAACCGCACUGUCACCGUUACGCUGGGAGAUGAGAGGGGACGGGUCCACGAGAGUGUGAAGCGCAGUAACUGCUACAUGGUGUGGGGGGGUGAUGCCAUUGGUGCCCGCGGGACGACCCGUGGCAGUGCAGACCUGGAGAUCGGCUGUCACAUUGACCUGGCCACCGGCUUCGUCUCCUUCACCGCUAAUGGGAAGGACCUGGGCACCUCUUACCAGGUUGAGCCCAAUACAAAGCUGUUCCCUGCCGUGUUUGUGCAGCCUACGAGUCCCAACCUGUUCCAAUUUGAACUGGGGAAACUGAAGAAUGUGAUGCCGCUGUCGUCUGCCCUCUUCAAGAGUGAGCACAAGAACCCAGUCCCACAGUGCCCACCUCGCCUGGACGUGCAGACCAUCACGUCCGUGCUCUGGAGCCGCAUGCCCAACUCCUUCCUGAAGGUGGAGACGACGCGGGUCAGCGAACGGCACGGCUGGGUGGUGCAGUGCCUCGAACCGCUGCAGUUAAUGGCCCUGCACAUCCCAGAGGAGAACAGGUGCGUUGACAUUUUAGAGCUUUCCGAACAAGAUGACUUAAUGAAGUUCCACUACCACACCCUCAAACUCUACUGCGCUUUGUGUGCUCUCGGCAACAGUCGCAUUUCGCACGCGCUGUGCAGCCACGUGGACCAGUCCCAGUUGCUCUAUGCCAUUGAUAACCAAUACCUGCCAGGGAUGCUGCGCAGUGGCUUCUACGAUGUGCUCAUCAGCAUUCACCUGGAGACCGCCAAGGAGGCCAGGCUAAUGAUGAACAACGAGUUCAUCAUCCCGAUCACUGACGAAACCAGGAGCAUCAAGCUGUUCCCAGACGAGUCCAAGAAGCACUCCCUGCCCGGAGUGGGUCUCAGCACGUCCCUCAAGCCGCGGCUGAACUUCUCCCCUGUGUACUUCGUCACCGCCAACCCCAAUCGGCAGCUGCACACCCCAGAGAUCCCCCUGGAUGCGCUGAAGGAGAGGGCUCUUGGCAUGCUGACGGAGGCGGUGCAGGGAGGAGGCCAUCACAUCCGAGACCCCGUGGGCGGCAGUGUGGAGUUCCAGUUCGUUCCCAUCCUGAAACUCAUCGGCACUCUGCUCGUCAUGGGAGUGAUGACGGACGAGGACAUGAAACAGAUCCUCAUCCUGAUUGACCCCAAUGUGUUCGGAGAGCAGAAAGAGGAGGAGCCACUGGAAGAGUCCAAGGAGAAGGAGGAUGUGACGAGUAACGAGGAGAAGGCGGUGGAAGCUGGAGAGGAGGAAGCGAAGGACGCAAAGAAGCCCAUGAAGGGUCUGCUGGAGAAGAGACUGCCAGAGUCUGUGAAACAACAGAUGUGUGAGCUCCUUCAUUAUUUCUGCGACUGCGAGUUGAGACACCGGAUUGAGGCCAUCGUCUCCUUCUCGGACUACUUCGUUUCAAAGCUGCAGUUCAAUCAGAAGUUUCGCUACAACGAGUUGAUGCUGGCCUUGAACAUGUCUGCGGCCGUGACGGCCAAGAAAACCAGAGAGUUCCGCUCAUCUCCACAAGAGCAGAUCAACAUGUUGUUAAACUACAAACUCGGAGAAGACUGUCCCUGUCCAGAUGAAAUCCGUGAGGAGAUGUACGAGUUCCACGAUGACCUCCUUUUGCACUGUGGCAUCCCUCUGGAAGAGGAGGAGGAGGUGGAGCAGGACACCUCUAUUAGGGGCCGGCUGCUCUCCCUGGUGCACAAGAUCAAAGGAGCACCCAAGAAGCAGGAGGAGCCCACCGAGGAGGAGCAGGCAGCCCCCACCACUCUGAAGGAGCUGAUCUCUCGGACCAUGGUGAGCUGGGCCCAGGAGUCUCACAUCCAGGACCCUGAGCUGGUGCGCGUGAUGUUCAGUCUGCUGCGCCGGCAGUACGACAGCAUCGGGGAGCUGCUGCGCGCCAUGAGGAAGGGCUACACCAUCAGCGCCACCUCCGUGCAGGACACCAUCAACCUGCUGGCUUCUCUGGGGCAGAUCCGCUCCCUGCUCAGUGUGCGCAUGGGCAAAGAAGAGGAGAAGCUCAUGAUCAACGGACUGGGGGACAUCAUGAACAACAAGGUGUUCUACCAGCACCCUAACUUGAUGAGAGUGCUGGGCAUGCACGAGACUGUGAUGGAGGUCAUGGUGAAUGUCCUCGGAGGGGACAAAUCUCAGCAGAUUGCGUUUCCCAAGAUGGUGGCGAGCUGCUGUCGAUUUUUGUGCUACUUUUGCCGCAUCAGCAGUCAGAACCAGAAGUCCAUGUUUGAUCAUCUUAGCUACCUAUUGGAGAACAGCAGUGUUGGACUGGCGUCUCCGGCAAUGAGAGGCUCCACCCCCUUGGAUGUGGCCGCCGCCUCUGUGAUGGACAACAAUGGGCUGGCUCUGGCCUUGGAGGAGCCUGACCUGGACAAGGUCGUAACAUACUUGGCAGGCUGUGGGCUCCAGAGCUGCCCCAUGCUAUUGGCUAAAGGGUACCCUGACAUCGGGUGGAAUCCAAUCGAAGGGGAGCGCUACCUGUCUUUCCUGCGCUUCGCUGUCUUUGUCAACGGGGAGAGUGUUGAAGAGAACUCCAGCGUGGUGGUGAAGCUUCUGAUCCGUCACCCCGAGUGCUUCGGCCCGGCUCUGCGUGGGGAGGGGGGGAAAGGCCUGCUGGGGGCCAUGAAGGAGGCCAUCAGCAUCUCUGAGAACCCCGCUCUCGACGUGCCCAGCGGUCCCCCGGGACUCCAGAGAGACGCGACUGGGGAGGAGGAGGAAGAGGAGGAGAUUGUUCACAUGGGCAAUGCCAUCAUGUCAUUCUACUCCGCUCUCAUUGACCUGCUGGGUCGCUGCGCACCGGAGAUGCAUCUGAUCAACAAAGGGAAGGGGGAAGCUCUCCGGAUCAGAUCCAUUCUGCGAUCCCUGGUGCCAACUGAGGACCUGGUGGGCAUUAUCAGCAUACCACUUAAAAUGCCAAUUGUGAAUAAAGACGGCUCUGUCACUGAGCCUGACAUGUCCGGUACUUUCUGUCCUGACCACAAGGCCCCAAUGGUGCUGUUCCUGGAGCGUGUCUAUGGGGUUGAGGACCAGAGCUUCCUGCUCCAUCUGCUGGAGGUGGGCUUCCUGCCGGACCUCAGGGCUUCAGCCUCCCUCGACACGGAAGCUCUGAGCACCACUGAGAUGGCUCUGGCUAUGAACAGGUAUAUCUGCUCGGCCGUGCUGCACCUGCUCACUCGCUGCGCUCCCCAGUUUGCCGGCACAGAGCACCACGCCUCCCUGAUAGACUCCACCUUGCACACCAUCUACAGGCUCUCAAAGGGUCGCUCGCUCACCAAAGCACAGAGGGACGCCAUCGAGGAAUGCUUGCUGGGUAUCUGUAGCUACCUGCGGCCCUCAAUGCUACAGCAGCUUCUGCGUCGCCUGGUCUUUGACGUGCCUUUGCUGACCGAGUAUUGCAAGAUGCCCCUGAAGCUGCUAACCAAUCACUACGAGCGGAGCUGGAAGUACUACUGCCUCCCCACGGGCUGGGGGAGCUAUGGCAUGGCCUCUGAGGAGGAGUUGCUCCUCACCAAGAAGCUCUUCUGGGGAGUCUUUGACUCUCUCUCUCAAAAGUCCCUAUUAUUCCUGCAGAAGUACGACCCCGAGCUCUUCAAAAUGGCCAUGCCCUGCCUCAGUGCGAUCUCCGGGGCUCUGCCUCCCGAUUACGUGGACGCCAGCAUUACCAGCAUGCUGGAGAAACAGGCAUCAGUAGAUGGACAAGGAAACUUUGAUCCCAAACCUAUUAAUACUUCCAACAUUUCCCUUCCAGAAAAGAUGGAAUACUUUGCCAACAAAUAUGCCGAGCACUCUCAUGACAAGUGGGCAUCUGAAAAGGUGGUGGGGGGGUGGAAAUACGGGGAGACAGUUGAUGAGAAACUGAAGACUCAUCCCUUGCUGAGGCCAUACAAAUCAUUAGCAGAGAAGGAGCGAGAGAUUUAUCGCUGGCCUGUUAAAGAGUCUCUUAAGAGCAUGUUGGCUAUGGGCUGGAAUAUUGAGAGGACCAAAGAGGGUGAUGCCAUGUUUCAGCAGCGAGAAAGUGAAAAACUGCGCAAGAUCUCCCAGUCGUCCCAGGGUAAUGGCUACAGCCCAUGUCCGCUUGACUUGAGCAAUGUUGUUCUUUCCCGAGAGCUCCAGGCGAUGGUCGAUGUUGUUGCAGAAAACUACCAUAACAUAUGGGCUAAAAAGAAGAGAAUAGAAUUAGGAAGAGGGGGCGGGAGCCACCCCCUGCUGGUUCCCUAUGACACUCUGACUGCCAAGGAGAAAGCCAGGGACCGGGAGAAGGCUCAGGAGCUCUUCAAGUUUCUGCAGAUCAGCGGCUACACCAUUACCAGGGGCUUGAAGGACAUAGAGCAAGAUGCCUCAUCCAUUGAGAAGAGGUUUGCUUAUAAAUUCCUGAAGAAGCUGCUGAAGUAUGUUGACUCUGCUCAGGAAUUCAUUGCCCACUUGGAGGCUAUGGUCAGCAGUGGGAAAGCUGACAAAUCUCCUUAUGAGCAGGAAAUCAAGUUUUUUGCAAAGGUUCUUCUUCCACUGAUUGACCACUACUUUCAGAAUCACAGUCUGUACUUCCUGUCCUCUCCCACUAAAACACUGAGCAGCAGUGGCUAUGCGUCCAACAAGGAGAAAGAGAUGGUGACCAGUUUGUUUUGUAAGCUGGCAGCUCUUGUCAGACACAGGAUUUCACUCUUUGGCAGUGACUCUGCUACGAUGGUGAGCUGUCUGCAUAUCCUGGCUCGCACUCUUGAUACCAGAACUGUGAUGAAAUCGGGCUCGGAGCUCGUGAAGGCUAGCCUGCACACCUUCUUUGACAGUGCGGCGGAGGAUCUGGAGAAGACCUUGGAAAACCUGAAGCUGGGGAAAUUCACUCAUUCCAGGACUCAGAUGAAGGGAGUCUCCCAGAACAUCAACUACACCACAGUGGCCUUGCUGCCCAUCCUCACCUCCCUGUUCGAGCACAUCACGCAGAACCAGUUUGGGUUGGACCUGCUGUUGGAUGACGUUCAAGUCUCCUGCUAUAGGAUCCUGUGCAGUCUGUACUCUUUGGGGACUGGAAAGAACAUCUAUGUUGAAAGGCAGCGUCCAGCGCUGGGGGAGUGCCUGGCCACUCUUGCGGGAGCCAUGCCGGUCGCGUUCCUCGAGCCCCAUCUCAACCUGCACAACCCCCUCUCUGUGUUUAACACGAAGACGCCAAGGGAGAGAGCUGUUCUCGGCAUGCCAGACACUGUUGAGGAGCUGUGUCCUGAUAUGCCUCAGCUGGAGGGGUUGAUGAAGGAUAUUAACGACAUGGCGGAGUCGGGGGCACGCUAUACUGAGAUGCCCCAUGUGAUCGAGGUCAUACUGCCCAUGCUGUGUAACUACCUGUCAUACUGGUGGGAGAAGGGUCCAGAGAACAACCCCAAGUCGGCCGGGAACUGCUGCACCAUGGUAACCUCGGAACACCUAAGUGUCAUCCUGGGGAACAUCCUGAAGAUCCUCAACAACAACUUGGGCAUCGAUGAGGCCUCCUGGAUGAAGAGAAUCGCCGUAUACGUCCAGCCCAUCAUUUGCAAAGCACGGCCUGACCUGCUCAGGUCACACUUCCUGCCCACGCUGGAGAAGCUGAAGAAGAAGACGGUGAAGGUGGUGGCGGAGGAGGAGCUGUUGAAGGCAGACAGCAAAGGAGACACGCAGGAGGCCGAGCUGCUCAUCCUGGACGAAUUCGCUGUGCUCUGCCGGGACCUCUACUCCUUCUACCCCAUGCUCAUCCGCUAUGUUGACAACAACAGGUCAAGAUGGCUGAAAGAGCCUGAUGCAGAUUCUAACGAACUGUUCCGCAUGGUGGCUGAGGUCUUUAUCCUGUGGUGUAAAUCUCACAACUUUAAACGGGAGGAGCAAAACUUUGUAAUUCAAAACGAAAUCAACAACUUGUCAUUCCUAACGGCAGACAGCAAGAGCAAGAUGUCAAAGUCGUUGUCUGUAAAGGUACAGACUGGAGGGCAAGACCAGGAGAGGAAGAGGACGAAGCGCCGCGGAGAGCUGUACUCUGUCCAGACCUCCCUCAUCGUAGCGGCCCUGAAGAAGAUGCUCCCCAUCGGCCUCAAUAUGUGCACCCCAGGGGACCAGGAGCUCAUCUCACUGGCCAAAGGAAGAUACAGCCUUAGAGAUACAGAUGAAGAGGUCAAAGAUCAUCUACGCCAAAACCUUCACUUGCAGGAGAAGUCAGGGGACCCUGCAGUGAGGUGGCAGAUGAAUCUUUACAAAGACGUGGUUGUGAAGCACGAGGAGCCGCCAGACCCUGAGCACACUGUGGACAGAGUGCAGAGCAUCUCAGCAGCUGUCUUCCACCUGGAGCAGGUUGAGCAACCUUUGAGGUCGAAGAAGGCGGUGUGGCACAAGCUCCUGUCCAAACAGCGCAAGAGGGCUGUAGUGGCCUGCUUCAGGAUGGCUCCCCUGUAUAACCUGCCCAGGCAUCGCUCUAUUAACCUCUUCCUCUUUGGCUAUCAGAGGUUUUGGAUAGAGACAGAGGAGUACUCAUUUGAGGAGAGACUAGUUCAGGACCUAGCACUAUUUGUGCAGAAACCCCAGGGCAAGGCAGAAGAGGAGGAGGAGGAGGAGGCUAACAAGCAGCCCGAUCCUCUUCAUCAGCUCAUUCUGCACUUCAGCCGCAAUGCCCUCACUGAGAGAAGCGCUCUUGAAGAAGAUCCUUUGUAUAUUGCUUAUGCAGACAUGAUGGCGAAGAGCUGCCAGGGUGAAGAGGAAGAAGAGGAAGAGGGGAAAGAGAAGACAUUUGAGGAAAAAGAGAUGGAAAAGCAGAAGACUCUGUAUCAGCAGGCGAGACUGCACGACCGCGGGGCUGCAGAGAUGGUACUGCAGAUGAUCAGCGCCAGCAAAGGUGCAAUGGGACCCAUGAUUGUGUACACCCUGAAGCUUGGUAUCGCCAUGCUAAAUGGGGGAAACACUGUGGUGCAGCAGAAAAUGCUGGAUUAUUUGAAAGAGAAAAGGGAUGCUGGGUUUUUCAAGAGUUUGUCAGGACUGAUGCAGUCUUGCAGUGUUUUGGAUUUGAAUGCUUUUGAAAGACAGAAUAAAGCUGAGGGACUUGGAAUGGUGGCUGAUGAGGGAUCAUUCAUGAUGCGUGAGCGGGGUGAGAAGGUUCUUCAAAACGAUGAGUUCACUCGGGAUCUCUUUAGGUUUUUGCAGCUGCUAUGUGAAGGUCACAAUAAUGAUUUCCAGAAUUUCCUGAGAACCCAGACUGGAAACACAGCCACUGUAAACAUCAUCAUCAGCACAGUGGACUACCUGCUGCGUCUGCAGGAAUCCAUCAGUGACUUCUACUGGUACUAUUCAGGGAAAGAUGUCAUGGACGAACCAGGGCAACGCAACUUCUCCAAAGCGCUGGCUGUAGCUAAACAAAUCUUUAACUCUCUUACUGAGUACAUUCAGGGCCCGUGCGUUGGGAAUCAGCAGAGCCUGGCUCACAGCAGGCUCUGGGACGCGGUUGUUGGUUUCCUCCACGUCUUUGCAAACAUGCAGAUGAAGCUCUCCCAGGACUCCAGUCAGAUUGAGCUAUUGAAAGAGCUACUGGACCUGCAGCAGGACAUGGUGGUGAUGAUGCUGUCCCUCCUGGAAGGUAAUGUUGUCAAUGGAACUAUUGGAAAGCAGAUGGUGGACACCCUUGUUGAAUCUUCCAGCAAUGUGGAAAUGAUCCUGAAAUUCUUUGACAUGUUCCUUAAGUUGAAAGACCUGACGUCCUCCGAUGCCUUCAAGGAGUAUGACCCUGAUGGCAAGGGAGUCAUCUCCAAGAAGGAGUUUCAGAAAGCCAUGGAGAGCCAGAGGCAGUACACUCAGUCUGAGAUCGAGUUCCUGCUGUCCUGUGCAGAUGCCGAUGAGAACGACAUGUUCAACUAUGAAGAGUUUGUGGAGAGGUUCCACGAGCCAGCCAAGGACAUUGGCUUCAACGUGGCUGUGCUCCUGACCAACCUGUCUGAACACAUGCCUCAUGAUACCAGGCUGGGGACUUUCCAGGAGUUAGCAGAAAAUGUACUGAAUUACUUUGAGCCCUUCCUGGGUCGCAUUGAAAUCCUGGGGGGAGCCAAGCGCAUUGAGAGGGUAUACUUUGAGAUCAGUGAGUCAAGUAGAAUGCAGUGGGAGAAACCACAAGUCAAAGAGUCCAAGCGACAGUUCAUCUUCGAUGUUGUCAAUGAAGGGGGUGAGAGUGAGAAAAUGGAGCUCUUUGUGAACUUCUGCGAGGACACCAUCUUUGAGAUGCAGUUGGCCUCACAGAUCUCAGAGCCGGAUGCUGUGGAGAGACCAGAAGAAGAUGAGGAGGAGCCUCACAGCCUUCUAGAGGAGCUGGCAGCGGCAGAGGACGAGGAGGCCUCGAUGGAGUCCUUGUCUGCCUUCAACAUGGCCUGCGUUUCCAUGAGGAAGAACUUCAGCAACUUCACGAAGCUUCUCACCUUAAAGAACAUCAAGAAGCAGUACAAGAAGUUCAAGAAGAUGAGCACCAAGGAGAUUAUCCUGAUGUUCUUUUCGUUCUUCUGGAUGAUCUUUGUGGGGCUCUUCCACUUCGUCUACACCCUGGUGUGGGGGCUCAUCCAGAUCAUAUGGACCUCCAUGUUUGGCGGUGGCUUGGUUGAAAGUGCCAAGAACAUCAAGGUGACGGACAUCCUGGGGAACAUGCCCGACCCCACUCAGUUCGGAAUCCACAGCGAUGUCCUGGAAGCAGAGAAAUCGGAGAUCAGCGAAGCCACCUCCUCGUCUGACCUGGCGCAGUUAGCAAAAGGUGAAAAGGGCGAACCAGACUUGAUGUCAGAGUUAUUGGGUAGUACUAAGAAGGAAGGUCACUCGAAGCACAGCCCAGAGCCUGGUCUCGGGGAUAUCUCCGAAAUCAUUGGUACUGAUGCCCCAUCCAAUCUGGCAAGCGCAGUUCGUCAAAAGAAAUUGGAACAGGCAGAAUACUCCAGCAAGGACACAGAGACAGAAACCAAGGCCGAACCGGAAAAGGCAGACACAGAGGAUGGUGAGAAGAAGGACAAGGCUAAGGAAGAGGAGCAGGCGGAGCCAUUGAGCGAGGAGAAGAAGGCACGAAGGAGGAGGCAUGGGCAGAAGAAGGGGGAGAAGGAUGCCUUCAUGGCUAAGUUCUUAGCAGGCUUGGAGGUCUAUCAGACUAAAAUGCUGAACUACCUGGCUAGAAGCUUCUACAACCUGCGAUUCCUUGCUCUCUUUGUUGCUUUUGCCAUCAACUUCAUCCUGCUCUUCUACAAGGUGACCGGGGAGGAGGAGGAUGAAGACUCUGACCUCUGGAAUGGAGGUGAGGAGGAGGACGAUGAUGAUGAUUUCGGGAUGGAGUUCUUUGUGUUGCAGGAGAGCACCGGCUACAUGGCCCCCACGCUGCGGUUCCUUGCCGUCAUCCACACUAUCAUCUCCUUAGUGUGUGUCGUUGGAUACUACUGUCUCAAGGUUCCUCUGGUUGUGUUCAAGCGUGAAAAGGAAAUCGCUCGAAAACUGGAGUUCGAUGGCCUGUACAUAACCGAGCAGCCCUCUGACGAUGACAUCAAAGGACAGUGGGACCGCCUUGUCAUUAGCACACCGUCCUUCCCUAAUAACUACUGGGACAAGUUUGUUAAACGUAAAGUCAUUAAUAAGUAUGGGGAUCUCUAUGGACCAGAACGUAUUGCUGAACUCUUGGGCUUGGAUAAAAGUGCGCUGGACUUCAACCCUACCGAGGAAACAGCACAAAAGGAAGCAACUCUAGUGUCUUGGCUGAGCUCCAUCGACAUGAAAUACCACGUCUGGAAGCUGGGGGUUGUGUUCACUGAUAAUUCCUUCCUCUACUUGGCUUGGUACACCACUAUGUCUGUCCUGGGUCAUUACAACAACUUCUUCUUCGCUGCCCAUCUUCUUGAUAUUGCCAUGGGUUUCAAGACCCUGAGAACCAUCCUGUCCUCUGUAACUCAUAAUGGAAAGCAGCUGGCGUUGACGGUGGGUCUGCUGGCAGUGGUGGUGUAUCUCUACACGGUCGUGGCCUUCAACUUCUUUCGCAAGUUCUACAACAAGAGCGAGGAUGAGGACGCACCUGACAUGAAGUGCGACGACAUGAUGACGUGCUACUUGUUCCACAUGUACGUGGGCGUGCGUGCUGGCGGUGGGAUCGGAGACGAGCUUGAGGACCCGGCUGGGGACCCCUAUGAGAUGUACCGCAUCAUCUUCGACAUCACCUUCUUCUUCUUCGUCAUCGUCAUCCUGCUGGCCAUCAUCCAGGGUUUGAUUAUUGAUGCGUUUGGUGAGCUCAGAGACCAACAGGAGCAAGUGAGAGAAGACAUGGAGACCAAAUGCUUCAUUUGUGGAAUUGGUAACGAUUACUUCGACAGAAUACCUCAUGGAUUUGAAACCCACACUUUAGAAGAGCACAACCUCGCAAACUACCUGUUCUUCCUUAUGUACAUCAUUAACAAGGACGAGACAGAGCACACUGGUCAGGAGUCCUACGUCUGGAAGAUGUACCAGGAACGCUGCUGGGACUUCUUCCCAGUCGGAGACUGCUUCCGCAAACAAUACGAAGAUCAACUGGGUUAGGAAAAAUGCCACUGCCUGUUGUAUUGAGUAUGUGACAAAGGCAAACUGAAAUUGUUUUUCAAAUCUAAAACAAAACACACACAAAAACACAUUGUUUUAAACAUACUUAAGUACAUGUUAAAUAACCACCAACAUUUAACCCUUUCUAAUCCUAUAUCCCUGCCCACUGGGAUUUUUUGAGGCUACGAUUAAAGCCUGCCAUCACUUUUAAAAAAGGCACAUGUCCAGUAUUUCAGUUUAACUAGAAUUUUUUUACCUGCUACCUUUUGUGCCAAUGUGGAAACUUUAUUGCAUUUACAACUUGCCCAAACAUAGUUUUUAAUUAUAGAUUAUUGUGACAAACCUAUUACCUUUCUUCUGUAUAACCCCAAACCUUUGCACAAGUGUAGUCUUCUCAUGAAAUACUGGGUUCAGUGAAGUCUCUGUAUGGAUCUACUCCACCUUUACAUGCACAAGCAUAGAAUUUCAAUGUUAAUUGAAUGUUGAACUGCUACUUAUGCCAAAAGUAGAAAAACAAAUGUGAAACAUUGUAUUUAUUUAUUGAACUGUUUGUCUGGCUCCUACCUGCUUGUUUAUUUAGAGAAUAUGAUUCUCCUGAGCUGUCACCAGUUAAAGGUACAAGAAACUCUUCCUACCUUUUAUUAAGUUGAAAAAAGAAAAGUGCCUUACCUUAUCCAAGACAAAGCUAUGCAAGACGAUGUCUGUACUUUAUAGUUAUAGCAGUGCUGUAGUUCUCCAGGUUUAGCUGAAGUAGAAUUUAAAUUAGGAGAGUUUUGUGGCGUUUGUUUUAAAUUUUGUUAAAAAAAACUCAAAUGUAAAAAAACUAAAAUAUAAUCUGUGUGUAAAUGCACUCCCAUUGGAAUCUUUUCAGUUGUAGUUGUCCAGCCACAAAACUCCAAACCGUACAACGAAACCAUAGAUAUACAACAAGAAUUAAUUCGAGGGUUACCUGCUACACCUAACAAUAAAGUGCUACUGUAUGGCCAUUUAUGUAGUAGCUUUGCUAACCUGUGCAUUUCUUUUGAAAAAUAAAAGUAUCCAAUGCAAUAAAA